AUGAAAAAUAUUUGCGUGCAUUUAUACGCAUGUUCAAACUUUGUUUGUCUACAUGACCAACAACGAAGUAAAGUCCUAUGCAGGAGGGGCUUUUUUGACUUGUUAUUCGAGUGUAUUUCAAUGAGUUGGCAUCAGCCUGGUCUCGAUGUUAGUGCGGCUCCUUUACACCAACUUACACCUCAUGGUCUAUUAUCAAAUGAAUAUCUUUCUGGAUUCGAUCAGAGUUCUGGUGGUAUGGAUUCGGAAAGCGCACUCUUGACGGAGCAGCGUGCACAGUUGACAGGAAGAGAACUUCAACAACUUCUUAGUGUUGCUCACCAAAGUUUAGAUGAAGCUCAGGAAAGAAAACAGUCAUUAAAUAGUCACAGAUUAAAGCCUGCUCUAUACAGUGUGUUCUGUGAAAUCAAGGAGAAAACAGCUCUAAGUUUGAGAAACUCAGCUGUUUCUGCUGUAGAAGAUGAAGCUAAUUCACCAGAUCCGCAGCUUUUACGCUUGGAUAAAAUGUUAGUCGCUGAAGGUGUAACCGGACCUGGCGGUAGUCUGAAUAAUGAUCUAAGUGACGGUCCUGGAGACUUGGGUGGGGGACCCGGUGAUUGUAAUCAAAUUGAACAUGCUGAUUAUCGCGCCAAAUUGUCUCAAAUUCGCCAGAUAUAUCAUGCAGAAUUGGAGAAAUAUAAAAAUGCGUGUGAUGAAUUCACAGGACAUGUUAUAAAUUUAUUGCGUGAGCAGAGUCGUAGUCGACCUAUAAGCCCAGCAGAAAUUGAACUUAUGGUUGGUAUAAUUCGAAGGAAGUUUCGAGCAAUUGAAACACAGUUGAAACAAAGUACUUGUGAAGCAGUUAUGAUAUUGCGAUCUCGAUUUUUGGACGCUAGACGCAAACGUCGAAAUUUCAGUAAAGAAGCUACUGAAGUAUUGAAUGAAUAUUUUUACUCUCAUUUGGCUAAUCCAUAUCCUUCAGAAGAAGCGAAAGAAGAAUUAGCCAAAAAAUGUGGGAUAACUGUUUCACAAGUCUCUAAUUGGUUUGGAAACAAACGUAUUCGGUACAAGAAGAACAUUGUAAAGGCUCAAGAGGAAGCAAAUAUGUAUGCUGCAGCAACAGCCGCGGCAGCUGCUGCCGCAGGAUCUGUGGCAUCUGGAACUGGUGGUCCAACAUCAUCUGAUGAACAUUCUGUUGGUUAUGGUCAUCCCGGCUAUGAAUACGAUGAUUCUAUGAGCCUUCAAAGACCUGUCCCUCAAAUGUCCUGUCCACCUGAUCAUGACACUUGGAUGGGUGGAGGAGGAGCUGGAGUGCUCGGACCGGGUAGUUUAGAUGAACCUGACUGCAAACGCAGUAAACUUUGAGUACAUCUAUCUGUAUGAGACAAGCUGUUCAAAUAACUUCAUUCACUACAUUUUACAGCUGAUGAAUUUGCCUUGAAGUAACUUAUUUGAUAAGCAUAUAUAUAUAUAUAUAUAUAUAUGCAUUCUCUUCAUCUGUUGGUUUAUGUUCCAUAAUUCGUUAGUUCUGUAUUCCUUAAAAACAUGUGUUCUGUAGAGGAAAUAAUACCGGGGCUUACUCAGUAAUCCCAUGCAAUAUAUACAAGCGGCUAUGUGUAUUGUUAUAGGCUGAAUUGUCUCGGCUUUUUCUUGCCUUAUGUUCUAUUCCUUUUUUCCUGUAUUUUAUUCUUUAGUAUAUUUAUUUAUUAAUGUUCGUAAGUUCUCAAUGGUUAAGGCCUGUAUCGUUUUCGUGGGCCUGUCUUUAUAAUACAAAUAUUAUGUUGAUUGUAUUCCCUUUUUCUCUAUGAUGAUCGAAAAGGAGUUCGAUUUUUUGUUGGACAUUACACUUGAAACAUUAAAUCCCUAAUAAUACUAUCUUAAUUGAUGUUGUCUCUGUUGUCGUUUUUUAGUCACCUAGCUUUUACUCUCUGGAGAGGAUGUGAAAGUGCAUCAGCUUUCCAUUUAUACUUUCGUAAUACGUAUCUUUUGUGUCUUGUGUUUUUAUUUUCUUAUGGUUUAAACGGUUAAUUUCUUGUCUUGAGAAUUUCGCUUCAUUUAUUUGCUAACUAUUCUCUCCUAUUUAUUUACCUUAUUUUAUACUACAUUUUUUCAUUCUGUAUGAUGUGUGUGUGUAUCUUUUAGGAUUGUGUCGUAAGACUAUUUUUUCUCUUUCAAUUUAUUUCAUUUCAAUAAAACAAAUUGUAUUGCUUUCUCACUAUUGUUGAUAUUUUUAAUAGUGGUGAUUCACUAACUAACCAUUGAGCUCUAAGUUUGGACUCCACUCGUCUACUACGGUUUAUAUGUCCAAUUAGUUGUAAUCGCUUUCACAAACAGUUUAUCAUAAAAGUCAAAUAUUGAAACUCAUAAGCGAAUCACUUCAUAAUCUUAAUUAACAAUUAAGAUAUAUAAAAAUAAUUGAAAUUUUAUCGACAAUUGAUAUAAAUUGGCCAGCAACUGUGUGCCUCGUUUUAUUGUAAAAACUGAAUCGUUUAAAGCAAAGUAAACACUAUUUUCAGACCGCUGAGUCCCUGUGGUAUUUGAAGUCUUGAUACGUCUUUCUGUGCGACUUUUAUUCCAGUUUGAUGAGUGUAAUCUCGUUAUUACUGUGUAUUUUCCCACCCCCAAUAGCCAUUUCCACUAGGUACUUUACUCAAGCCAACUAUUUGUUAAUUUCUUACCUCAUAACACUGAUGUUAAUGUUGUCAUACAAGAAAUACAUUACAAUAAGGGAAUAUCAUAUUAACUUAAUGCAAGAACGGAUAUGAAAAAAUCGUUACUUUUAUUAUUAAUUUAAUUUCAUCUAUACUAAAGAUGGGGGUUUGCAAAAGCGUAGACUUUCAGUUUAGCCUUGGGUGUAAUUGUCGCAUACAUAUUAACUUUUCAUAAAUUUGUCAAUAUAUGAGAUGUAGCAAUAACAACGAAAGAAACAACUUAAUUGUGGAAACAGUUUAACAAGUAGAGUUAACUGUUUAAAUAUCAGCAAAGGUUAUUGAACCAGUAACUAGAUUUAAGUUAUUUUUACUGAACAAUUAAUAUCUGACUGAGUUGGGAAUAUUAAGAAAACAAAGUAGUUUACUGAGUGGUAGGCCACUAAGAUCUUAUUAUCAAUGAGAUUCAGAAAUCUUAUUUAUGUGUCAAGAAAGUGAUACAGGUUUUAUCAAACUCAAGAGUUGUUAAACCAAUGUGGAUUGUGUCACAAUGUUA